AUGGCUCAACUACAUGACCCCGUCACCUUCAAAAUUCUCUCUGAGCACUCCCACAUCGUGGCUAUAUCUACAACUGGGAAUGUAUUCCUUGCCGAUAGCGUGAAGCAAUUUGGAAGUGCUGGGAGGGACCUUGUGUCUGAUGUACCUUUUAAGAAAGAAGACAUCAUUACACUCCAGGACCCUCACAAUUUUGGGGCCCCCUCAUCUGUCACUCCAUCCGAACCAUCCUCAACAGCUAAGAAAAUUACAGUACCAUCGACUGUAGUGAAACCAGCACCUUCAAGCACUCCAGGGAUGACUAACCCUUCCACGUCCAAAGCUGCCGCACCUCAGCCAUAUAAUAUUUCUCCUUAUAGCACUGGCCAUGCCGGGGCAUCGCUCACGAGUACAGCUGUAGGGCCACGAACAGAGACGGAUGUGGCACUCUUUGACGAGGAAGAGCUCAUGUACGAUGAAAUAUCGAGGGUCAAGAAGGAGAAGGAUCUCGCGAAAAAACGGGCAUACGUGCGAAUAGUUACCAACAUGGGCGGCAGUUUGAACCUCGAGUUAUUCUGCGAAAAGGCUCCGAAAACGUGCUAUAAUUUCCUCAUGCUUGCCAGGCAAGGGAAGUACAAUAAUUGUCCAUUCCAUCGUCUAAUUCAAGGUUUCAUGGUGCAAGGUGGAGAUCCGACUGGAACGGGACGAGGAGGCGAAUCGUAUUGGGGAACCCCAUUCCGUGACGAAUAUGAUCUCAAAGGGGCGGAGAAACAUUCAGAACGGGGUAUGCUCUCUAUGGCUAACAAAGGAAUGAACACGAACGGAUCGCAAUUCUUCAUAACGUUUCGAGCAACACCCCACCUAGAUGGGAAGCAUACGGUGUUUGGAAAGCUGGUUGGGGGAGAGGAGAUAUUGGAUGCAAUUGAGGGACUACCUGUGCAGCCAAAAACAGACCGGCCCCUAAAACCAAUCACCAUUACAGAGAUUGUCAUAUAUGCUGAUCCUUUCGAGGAUUAUAAAGAGCGUCUCGCGAGGAAACUACAAGCUAAUUCCCUCGACACCAAAUCAUCCGUCCUCUCACUGCCCUCCGUAUCCACCAAACAUGAGGGGAAGGAGUCGAAAAAAGAAAGAGACGACGUCAACUGGUUCGGAGUGAAAUUGGGCUCCGAAUCCGUCAAAGAGUCCACUCUUGGCGCCGGUGGUGUAGGCAAGUAUCUCAAGUCACAAACACCUGUGGCAGCCGCCAAGCGAGACGCAGAUGACGUUCUAUCACUCCCGGAGGAUGCUCCCAAGAAGAAACGAAAACUUGGCUUUGGGAAUUUCGAAAAUUGGUAACGCGAUGCGGUGGAAAGCCGAACACAUGUGUUACUAUGCUGUAUAUUUCCGUACGCCGUUGUAUACCGAUCUAAUGGUACCCGGUUCUGGGAUAAUGGAGGCAAGAGACGUUAUUAUAAGGCGAAUAU